GAAAUUAUCAGUAUCAGAAGUAAGAAUUAGAUCUAUAAUCUAUAUCGAAAUCCUUGACCACUAGAUAGUCUGCGUAAACAGUUUUAAAACAUGGAUCAACCAAAAAAUGGGAAAGAAAAUACUGUAUUGAACCAAUGCUCAGUAAAAGAUGAGCCAAAUGAAGACAUCAAACCCUACUAUUUGGUACACAAUUCAGAAACUGGAGAAAUCAUCUCAUUUUUUGAAGGCUCAACAGCUGAUGACACUCAAAACAGUUGUUUAAAUGAUCAGAUGAUUUUUUCAUCGGAAAGGUAUUCUUUUGAGACUGUACUUGAUAUUAAAGAUGAGGAUAAGAAUGAUCUAGAACUAAAGUAUACUCAUGAUGAACUUGUUAGUGAUCAUUCAUCUGUAUUUCAAGCAGGCAUCAGAUCUAGCCUGGCUGCUGAUUCACAUCUUGAUUGCACAGUGGAAAAUUGUACAAUAACAAAAGAUAUUAAACCCUAUAUUUCUAAUGAUGGAAUGACUAGUGUGGUAGAUUUGUUGGCUAUAAAAUCUGAAUUUCUGGAAAACUCACUGGAGCAUAAUAGAAGCUGUGUUGAUAAUGCAUCAUCUGAUAGUCAUAUAUAUCACAUUUCUCCUCAUGAUGAACCACACUUAAAAAAUGAUACAUCAAUUGUUAAACAAACAGACUCUUUCGCAGUAAAUCUACCUAACGUUUCUGAGGGGGCACCUACAGAAGCAGCAAAUAUUGCACACGAAAAACAUGAUACAGAAAAAAGACUUAAUGUAUGUCAUGAUUCACAUAGUGAUUGCACCAAUAAGGAAAUCUGUGGAACAGAGCAGGGCAAACGAGAUAAUUUAUCCAAUAAAGCACCUUCCACUGCUAUGCAGAAUAUGACCAUAAAAGAAGUUAUCCAAGAUGUCUCAUUAGGACUGAAGUGUAUACGUAAAAAUAUGGUUGAUAAAUCAUCACAAAAUCAGGGAAUAACAGCUAUCAUUGCACCUCAAAAUCAAACUCUUGCAGGGAAAAAGUUUUAUGUUUGUAAUGUGUGUCACAAGUCAUUUACUCAGCAAAGUGGUUUAAUUUACCAUAAACUUGAUCAUAGUAAAGAGAACAAUGACCGCGUAAAAAUAGGUAAAAUAAAUGACAAACAAGAAAAGGUAUUAGAGUGUGGCAUUAGCCAAAAUUACUUAAUUGUACAUAAAACAAGUCAAAGAGAAUUACUGCAAAAAUGUGAUGAAUGUCUUGAAAUAUUUUCCACCAUGCAGAUGUUAAAAGAACACAAGCUAGUAAACAAAGAUAAAAGGAUCUAUGAGUGUGAAGUGUGUCUUAAAAAAUGUUGUUCUCAAACUGGUUUAACUAAACAUCAAGUAAUUCAUAAAUACGAGAAAACGAUAAGAUGUGAAUUAUGUCUUGAAACAUUUUCUAGCCAGAGCAAGCUGGAUGAACACAGGCUAGAUCACCUAAGGAAAAAUAUUUACGAGUGUGAGGUGUGUCUUCAAAAAUGUUUUUCCCAAGCAAGUUUAGCUAAACAUAAAUUAAUUCAUGUUGAUGAGAAAAUAUUAAAAUGUGAAACAUGUCUUGAAACAUUCUCCAGCAAGCUCAAGUUUGACAAUCACCGGCUACUUCAUCUAAGGAAGAAUAUUUAUGAGUGUGAAGUGUGUUUAAAAAAAUACUUAACACAGACAGGUUUAGCUCAACAUAAAGUAACUCAUGUAGAUGGGGAAAAGUUAAAACCUAGUAAACAUCUUGAAACACUAUCUGACAAAAAAGAGUUAGAUACACCCAAUAUCAUUCACUUAAAGGAGAGGAAAUUUGAGUGUAAUGUGUGUCUUAAAAGAUAUUUUACAAAAAAUAUAUUAGCCAAACAUAUGGUAUUCCAUUCAGGAAAAAAGGAACUUAUGUGUGAGAUUUGUGGAAAGCAUUAUUAUUUCAAAUUCAAUUUACAAAUGCAUCAACGAAGUCAUAACAACAAAGGUGAGGCUUUUGAAUGUGAUGUUUGUUUUAAAAAAUGUAAUAAUUUAAAUCACUUGAGAAGGCAUAAAAACUUUCAUACAUCAUGCUUGAAAUUUGAGUGUGAUGUAUGUCAUAAAAAUUUUGUUACUGCAACUUUUUUAACUAAACAUAAAAUGAUUCAUACUAAAAAGAGUUUUGAGUGUCGUGUAUGCUUUAAAAUUUUUCCUGAACAAAAAGAUCUAAAAAAACAUAAACGUGUCCAUCAUUCAUUGGGCCAAUACAUAUGUCAACUGUGUGGGAAAAAUUGCAAAAGCAAAACUAACUUGAGGUGUCACACCAAUUCACACACAGGAGAGAAAACUUUCAAGUGUGAUUUGUGUACAAAAACAUAUGGUACACACAGUGGGUUGUAUAUACAUAAACUAACACACACAGGGGUAAAAAAAUAUGAGUGUGAUUUGUGUCGUAAAAGAUUUUAUGAACACAAAUCCUUAAAAGAUCAUUUGCGAAUACAUUCAGGAGAAAAAUUGUAUGAGUGUGAUGUAUGUUUUAAAAAAUUUGCUCAAUAUGGUGGUGUACUUAGUCAUAAGAGGGUUCAUAUGAAUGGUGAAAGGUUUGAAUGCAAUUUGUGUCAUAAAAAGUUUAAACUUCAAAAAUCUUUAAAAAAACACAAACAAUGUCAUGUUAAAUUUGUGUGUGAUGUAUGCCAUAAAAAGUUUAGAACUGAGGCAUUUUUAGAAAAGCAUAAGCAGAGUAAUGCAUGCAUUGAACUUGAUAAACUUUAUUCAUGUGAUAUAUGCCAAAGAACUUUUAGCAAAAUCACAUCUUUAAACUCACAUAAGAAUAGACAUUUUAAAAAAAUGGAGAAAAUAUUUGAAUGUGAUUUGUGUCCCAAGAAAUUUUACCUGGAAUCUGCUCUAAAUUAUCACAAAUUGGUCCAUAGUGGAAAAAGAGAAUUCGAAUGUGAUGUUUGUCUUAGAAAAUUUUUUGAUAUUGAACAUUUAUCUGUGCAUAAACGUAUUCAUUUAAAAGGUGUAAAAAAUUAUAAAUGUGAUAAGUGUGACAAGCAAUUUGAAUUGAAAAAGCAAUUGAUUUCACAUAAAACAAUUCACGGAAAUAAAAAUUUUGAGUGUAAUGUUUGUCACAAAAUGUUUGCCAGAAAAUUUCAGUUGACACUACAUAAAAUGAUUCACACAGGUGAGAGAAGCUUUAAGUGUAACAUUUGUUUUAAAACAUUCUUUAAUAAAAGCAAUUUAUAUAGUCAUAAGCAAAUUCAUGAAGAAAAAAGAUUUCAAUGUCAAAUAUGUUUUAAAAAGUUUCAUUAUAAUAAUAACUUAAAGCUCCACAAAUGUACUCACGAAUCACUUAAGCAAUUAGGUAGUAACCUGAGCCUGAAAAAUCCUGCAGGUCAUUUAAUAAACAAUUAUGAAGCUCAAUUAGAAAAUAUGCCUCUUAAUUGUGAUGAAGAUAUAAAAAAGUGUUCCAAAUAUUAUAAAUGUGAUAAAUGUGACAAGAAGUUUAAAUGGAAUGAGCAGUUGAUAAGACAUAAAAAUGUGCAUGAAAUGAGGGAAUUUGAUUGUGAUUUGUGUCAUUACAAAUUUACUACAGAAGCACAGUUGUUAAACCAUAAGGUGAUUCACACAGGUGAGAAAAGAUUUAAAUGUGAUAUUUGUCUCAAAAGCUUUUUUAAAAAAAAUAUUUUAAGAAAGCAUAUUCUCAUUCAUACUGGAGUAAAAAAGUUUAAAUGUGACAUAUGCUUAAAACAAUUUUUUUUCAAUUAUCGGUUGAAGGCCCAUAAACUUACUCACAAGACUGUAAGCAGUGAUAAGGGUAACAAGCAAUUUGAAUUGAAAAAGCAAUCAAUUUCACAUGAAACAAUUCAUGCAAAAAAAUGUUUCGAGUGUGAUGUGUGUCACAAAAUGUUUGCCAGAAAAAUACAGUUAACAGAACAUAAAAUGGUUCACACAGGUGAGAGAAGCUUUGAGUGUAACAUUUGUUUUAAAGCAUUCUUUAAUAAAAGCACUUUAUCUCAACAUAAGCAUAUUCAUGAAGAAAAAAGGUUUAAAUGUGAAAUAUGCUUAAAACAGUUUUUUUUCAAUUAUCGGUUGAAGGUUCAUAAACUUACUCACAAAAAUGUAAAGCAAUUAAAUGAUGAUCCAAAUAUGAAAACAAUUACCCUUGAAAAGAUGUAACUGAACAUAAUCUAAUGCACUGUAUGUUGAAGACAUUGCAUUUUUUCUGUUAGCCUAUAUUUUAUUACGUAAACUUUUACUUAAUUUGUUAAGGCAAAAAAGCCUUUUAAAUGUGUGCCCACAUAUACUUUUUUGGAAAAUAAUUUUUAAAUAUAAUCAUUAAAAUAUUGAGAAGCUUGAAUUUGAAUAGCUUUUGUAUUUGCAAAAACUGAUCUUUGAGUCAUAAAAAUAUGAUGUGCUCAAAUUGUGUUGUUUUUAAUUGUUUUUGAAGCAUAAACAUACACAUUUAAACAUUAAGAAGUCUGUAGGUGUUGUAAUUUUUCAAACAGUUUAAUCAGUAAAUUAUAUUACUUUAUUACAACUUUUUCUUCAUGUGUAAUUCAGUCUGUGCAUGUUGUUAAUUAUUAGAUGCUCAUUGUCCUGUCCCUUGGGUACAUUGGCUGUGGGAAGAGAGGGGGCCUGAUACAUGGGCAACAUCUGGCUCUUCUCAACUUAGGCUUCCUGUCCGUGUGGACAACCACACAUUAAAUUUUUUAUACUAAAAUACCUAUGUGUUACAAUAAAUGCUUAGCCCUUAACCUGCAUAUUAAAUAUUAAACAGUAGAGCUGUGGUUAAAAAUUACAGCCUAGCAGGUAUAAAUUCAGGGUAUCUAUAUUUAUACAACUAGCACCUUUGUGGUGAGGCAACAAGAAACAGAAAUACAGUUCACGAUCGAUAUCAAAAAUAAAUUAACCUUUUAUGAUAUGAAUAUAGCUUAAAUGUCUGUUCAUUCUCAUUUGAUUUUGUUUUCAUAUUUCCUUAUGUUUCCAUUUUGUAAUUUAAGACAUAAAAAAUUGCAUUUUCUAAUAUAUAAUAAUAACAGAUAAACAUUUCAACAUUCAUCAAUAGUUCUGAUAGGAAAGAAAAAGAAUCAAUGUUUUAAAGUGUUAUAGUAAAGUAUUUUUUAAAGCUACUCAGAAAUUUACACAGGUUCAGUUUAGUCCUAUUUAUAGAAAAACAUUAAAAUAUGGAUGAGUUAUGUUUGUAAUAUACACAAGUGAAUACCUCAUAAUUCAAUUGUUCAGAAAAGGAGCUGUAUAGUUAGCAUAAAAAAUACAGUGGUAAACAUACUUGUUAACUAAAUCAUAUGUUAAACACUAGAGAUGGGAAAAGAACUAGUUGAUGUAAAGAAAAUUGUUAAACCUUUCUAAGGUGCUAUGCAAAUAAAAUUUGGUACCUAAUGGCUUGUUUUCCACCAAAUUUGUAACGAUUUGUUUCACUUGCUUAUUUCCUUAUAUCUUUGUUGUUAUCUAAUUGUAUUGUAAAAAUAUUUUUUAUUUUAAAUUUGCUACAUUUGUUAAUUUAAUUAAUAUUACUAGUUCUACAUAAGUAGAUUUAAUCUACUGCUUAUUACAAAAUAGUUUGUGUAUAGAUACUUUUUAAUUUUUUUGUCAUGUCACUCUGUAGUCAAAUCAG